AUGCUUUGUGUUGGGGGAUCCUGGGCAGGCACUUGCGUCUUGGGCCCCCGUUGCCUCUUCCAGUUUGCUAGGCUCAAUACCAUCGUUCGGGCCGUUCAUAUCCAGUUCAUCGCCGUUCAUCGCCGUUCAUCGCUGUUCAUCGCUGUUCAUAAGUCCACGGAGCUGGGGACUGCUGCUCGCCAGGCCAACAGCUGGGUGCUCCUGAGCCCCAGCGGCUCGGCCCCGGCAGCCCGCUCAGACCACGGCGCGGUCUGGAGCGCCGCUGCCGACGGCAUGUACGUUUUCGGCGGCGUGGACGGCAGCAGCGACGGCCUCGGCCGCUGUUGCGUCCAGUGUUCUUACAGUUCGGCAGGUUUGGGGACUGCUGCUCGCCAGGCCAACAGCUGGGUGACCCUGACCCCCAGCGGCUCGGCCCCCGAAGUCCGGGAGCAGUUCGGCAUGACCUGGAGCGAAGCCGCUGAUGGCAUGUACGUGUUCGGCGGAUGGGCGGCUGACAACGGCUACUUGAACGACCUGCACUUCUACGACCGCCAGGCCAACAGCUGGGUGCUCCUGAGCCCCACCGGCUCGGCCCCCGUAAAACGGCGCUCCCACAGUGUAACCUGGAGCGCCGCUGCCGACGGCAUGUACGUCUUCGGCGGCUGGGGCACUGGCGGCAUGCACAGCGACGGCCUCGGCCGCUGCCGCCUGAAUGACCUCCACUUCUACGGCCGCCAGGCUCCGCUGGUAGUGAAUCUCAAGGGGAAGGCCAACAGCUGGGUGACCCUGACCCCCAGCGGCUCGGCCCCUGAACAUCGAGCUCAUAUUGUGGUUACCUGGAGCGAAGCUGCCGAUGGCAUGUACGUCUUCGGUGGCUGGGGCGCUGACGAGAGCGGCGUCGGCCGCUUUCUGAAUGACCUCCACUUCUACGGCCGCCAGGCUCCGCUGGCUCACGAAUUCAGGAUCUUUAUGGAACUGGGUGGCCUGUCUGGGGGUGGUUUUGUGGUCUGUCGCGGUCUGUCGUGGACCGUCGUGGACCGUCGUGAGACGGCAAUCGGCGUCGGGUACCCUCGGCGGCUCUACGAGAUGGGGCAGCUGGUGGUUCGUGUCGGACUUUCGGACACAUCGACGCACCAUCAUGAUUCAGCAUGCAGCAUGCCUCCGUUCAUAUCCCGUUCAUCGCUGUUCAUCGCUGUUCAUAAGUCCACGGAGCUGGGGACUGCUGCUCGCCAGGCCAACAGCUGGGGGCUCCUGAGCCCCAGCGGCUCGGCCCCGGCAGAACGGAGCGGGAACUCCUUGGUUUGGAGCGAAGCUGCCGAUGGCAUGUACGUCUUCGGCGGGCCCACAACAGAUGGCCCCGGCCUCGGCUGCCGUGUGGGGACGCGGGGAGCCGUGGCGCUCGGCCUGAGGAAUUGGAUGCAAUUUGACUUUCGCUUAUGCGGGCUCAAAGAAGCUCAGGGCGAUUUUCAUGAGAACUUCAAGGAGGCAUCGCCCAGCUCGGCGCCUGAAUGGCGGCAGCUUCAUCCCGGCGGCGACAUCCCUUAUAGCCGUUUCCAGGACCUCCACUUCUAUGAUCCUGAGGCUGGGAAUGUUAUGCCCCUGUUUGCGAACGUGUGGGAGAAACUUGCCGACAUCCCCCUCAGCGAUAGUGGUGGAUGUGCUGUUGUGAGUGCUGGCACUGAUGGGCUCUAUGGAAUAUGCAGAGGCCCGCUGGAGCAUGUCUACUUCUACACCCAAGAGGCCAUAUCUCUCUCCUACACGGCAUGUGCAUUGUCAGCGAACACCUGGCAAUAUCUUGAAACCGGCGGCGAAGCACCAGAAUGCUGCGGAUUCCGGGGUGGUUGGAGUGAAGCUGCCUACGGGAUCUACGGCCUUGGUGGCUGGAAUUCGCUUUAUGAGCGACCUCUACUUCUACAGCCGGCAGGUUCCACCAUGCGCGUUUGGCAGUUUCAGAGCUCAUGGGAGGCAAAUGCAUGGCAGCUGGUGACCCCGGAUGGUGAUUCUGUCGGCGGCCGUACCGAUCAUGCAGCCGUCUGGGCCGAGACGCCUGACGGGCUGUAUGUCUUUGGCGGGCGAGUUUCUAGACCGUAUUAUUUGAACGACCUGUACUUCUACAGCCGCCAGGCAUGGAGGGAGGACUUCGAUUGGACUUGUGCAGUCAUGCUGCGUUUCUUACCGAGUCUGACGCAUGAAGCAGGGGAGAGGCAAACAGGUGGUCUCAGCUGGCGUUGCCUGAUUCUCCGAGCGAGCGCAGCUUUUCAAGCGGGAUUGGAGCGGCCUGGGUGGAAGCUGUCCAAACUCUGUAAGAGGAAUGACCUGUAUGUCUUGGCUCCCGAGGUUUCGUGCCAACAUGGGUUCUACGUUGCAGCGAACGGAGCAUGCCAGCCAUGCCCUUUGGGCACCUUCACCAAGGUACUGAACACGUGUCAUCCAUGCAAUUCUGACUUUCCAGGUUCCACCACACCAGGAGUUGGAGCCACGAAUGCGACCAUGUGCAUUCGCCCACAGGAUGGUCUAGAUCUUCAGUGCACAUCUGGCAUUCCUUGCUCCGUGACAAUCAGCGGAUUUAGCCUGCAAGAUGGACAUCGCCUGGCUCUCACAGAGUCUGACAGCUGUCAGGGUCCGCUUCGGACGGUAUCAAACCUUCCCAACGAGGGAGCAUCCAGAGAUGCCAGCGAGGGCGUGUAUGUCUGGGGGAGCACGGGGUCCGAGUUUGCACCAGAGGGCGGCGCGUACCAGGUCUGCUGGUGUGCUAACAUUCAUGGCAUCGUCUGCGACAGUUUGCAGCUGUUCCAGAUACCCGUUGGCCAACUACAGGUAGGUGUGAGGACAUGUGUCUUUGAAUAUCCCAUUGCGGCCGCGUUCCGCGACUGCAGGCCGAGUACGCCCGAGUACGCCCGAGUACGCCCGAGUACGCCCGAGUACGCCCGAGUGCGCCCGAGUGCGCCCGAGUACGCCCGAGUACGCCCGAGUACGCCCGAGUACGCCCGAGUACGCCCGAGUACGCCCGAGUACGCCCGAGUGCUGGGGCCUUCGAGCACUCACUUCUUCUGGUGUGUGCGCGGCAGAGACUGCACAGAUCUCCCGAAGUUGGAAGGUGUAGGUUUGUCCUCCAGAGACCAGGUCGCUCUUCGGAGCGCUGGUUGUGGAUCUGCAGCCUUCCAGCAGGUUUCGCCGAAGAACGGGAAUGGCAUUGCUAACAUCACUGACUCUUCUGACACGCUUAACGAGUCUAACCUGACAUUGUCCUUCGGGACAUCGAACCUGCAGCAGGGAAUCGACUACCGAGUAUCCGUUAAUGCGAACGAAGUUGGACAUGAUCUUUGCUGGUGUGGACGCGGAAGCUGCAAUGCAGAAGACUUUGCAGUUCCUUUCGGCAAGCUGCGUGUGCUUGGGCCAUUUGCUGGUCAAGAGGCGAGAUGCAUGCAGGGGCAAACUUGUCAGGUGCAGCUGGAGGGUGCCUUGGAUGGUUUUGGUGUCAGCCUUCUGGCUGGCGACCGCCUCACUUUCCUGUUCGAGUGCGGCCAGGGCCCAUUCCUUAUAGGUCUUCCUGGGCAGUAUGCCGAGACAUCCGAUGCAGUGAGCUUUCUCUUUCGGGAUGCCAGUGGUGCCCACCUCUUCGCAAGUUUACCAGGUAUCUACACCAUGUGUUGGUGCAGGCCUCACAGCAGCACAAACUGCGAGGCUGCCAGCGACUUCCAAGUUCUUGCAGGCUUGGUUCGAGUGACUGGGCCUCUGUUGGGUCAGAUCUUUCAUUGCCAGUUCUCCUCUCUCUGCAAUAUUUCUGGCUUGCAAGGUUCAGGCCUUGCAGUUGGGGACGAGCUGUUGCCUAUGCAGGAAUGUGGCACUUCGAGCCUGUCUGCAACUUUCCCAAGUGCGCAGCCAUUUUAUGCGAUUUCCGAGCCGACUGCAGCUGAUGACUUGGCAGACAAGAUCACCUUUAACCUUGGGCUGUUGCCGUUGCAGGGGGCUUCUCCUGAGACUGUCCAACUGUGUUGGUGCCCUUCUUCUGCAAAAUGCCGAAUGUCGGAAUAUCGUGCUGCAGCAGUGCACUUGCAGAUCUCUUGCCCUCCUGGUACCUACGAGCUAGUGGGGAGGUCGAGAACAUGCCAGGCAUGUCCUCCAGGCUCUUACUGUCCUGGAGGGCCGGACGGCAGAUUGGAGCAUUGCCCGCACGGGAGCACUUCACCUGUGGAGUCAACUUCGAAGCAGGACUGCAGCUGUCGCCGUGGCUUCGGCUGGGAUUCGCAGCUCGAAGUCUGUUUGCCUUGCCCUGCCGGAUCCUUCAAGCAGCUGGUGGGCAACCAGCACUGCGACGCCCAAUGUCCCCAAGACACCACCUCCUCGGCAGGAGCCAUCGGUGAGUUACAGUGUUUCUGUGCAAGCGGAAGGGUGGACACGGACCCAUCGCCAGCCUUUAGCUGCACAGAUCUCACAGCCAGCUUGGUUGAGAUGCCAAGGCCUGCUGAGGCCGCCAUUUUCUCUUUCACUGGAAACAUUCAUGUGGAGCCGGGGCGUCUUCCGGAGCUACAACCUCUGCUAGAGGAAUACGUGGAAUCAGAGACUGGGCGAGCAUCGCUCAGUGUUGUGGCUACAUCGGUGGACGUCAGGUACACUCUCUCCAGCUAUGAGGAGGAGGCCGUGCGUGAAGCACAUGCCAAGUUCCUGGCAGACCCUUUCGAGGCCUGGGCCAUCAAACUUCCAGGUGAGUUGGCGCUCAUCACUGCGAACAGCGCGGCUAUCACCAACGAAAGCAUCAGCUGCCCGGAGACAUGGAACUUUCCACCUGGGCCCAUCCGAAGUUUGGCCGAUUGCCGGUGCUCCUAUGGCAUGGAGCCUUCUGCUGACCUUUGCAGGAGAUGCCCUUUGGGCACCUACAAGGGGAUGGUUGGUACUUCAAGCUGCACAAGUUGCCCGGAAGCAGGCGGCGGCCUCAACCUCGUCCGAACUACCUUACGAGAGGGUGCAGUGUCCGCUGGAGAAUGCGUCUGCCCAGCCGGAUACAUGAGUCCGGAUUCCACCAAUUCUGAUUGCCAGCCCUGCGAACAGGGUUUUUUCUGCUUUGGUGGCCGCCAGGAACCUUGCCCACCAUUGACGAUCACCCGGGCCCAAGCCGCCAGCAGCGUCACGGACUGCAUCUGCGAACAGGGCUACUUCGCUUCGGUAUCAGGUGUUUGCGAGCCUUGUGCUCCGGGCAGGUUUAAGCCGGAGGCUGGCAACGCCGAGUCGGAUUGCCAGACAUGCGCCGCUGGAACGUGGAGCAACACAUCCGGAGCAACCUCACACACAGCCUGCAUCCAGUGCAUCCCAGGAUCCACCACGAAGAAUGACACAGCUACAGAGGAAGAUCUAUGCAUUCGUCCACUUCCUGGGCAGAUGCUGCGGUGCACUGCUGGCCGCACAUGUGAGGUUCGCAUCGCAGGGCACCAGCUACAUGAUGGCCACAGUAUGGCCCUGACCUCCAGUUCUGGCUGUAGCAGUGCCAACCAGCCUGUACCCAAUGUGGCAAACGAGGGCGUGUCGCAGCCCGCAUCUGAUCAAGGCCAACGGUAUGCCUGGCAGGGGGAUACGAAUGCCAUGGACUUCGCCCCUCCGGGAGGCUACUACAGUCUUUGCUGGUGCGCCGACCUACCUGGGCUCAGCUGCACAAGCUUGGAAAGCUUCCAGAUUGAAGCAGGGCGUCUUGAAGUCGUGGGGCCUUUCGCGAACCAUGACUUUGAGUGCAUUCGCGGCAUGGACUGCAGCAGCGGCCUAAAGAAAUUUCAGGGCCAGGGCCUCUCCACCAGCGACUCCGUAGCCAUGAAAGCUACCUGUGGAGCUGGCAGCUUAGAGAUCUCUCUUGCCAACACACACGGCCUUGGAAACCUCAGCGAUGAUUUCGAGCUGAGCUUUGGGGUUUCUGGCGCUUCCGAGAAUUUCGGCUUGUCCAUUGACGCAGACGAUCGUGGGUACCAGCUGUGCUGGUGUGGAGGCCCGAUGCCUGCAGGGGCAGAUCUGCGAGGUGUGAGCCUUGGCUCUGCGGACCGCUUGGCUUUCCUGUCAGAGUGUGGCCAGGGCCCAUUUCUUGCAGGCCUCCCUGGGCAGUAUGCAGAGACAUCCAAUGGAAUCGACUUUGUCUUCCAGGAUGCCAAGGGCAACAGGCACCUCUUCGCAAGUGUUCCAGGCAUCUACACCAUGUGCUGGUGCAGGCCUCACGGCAGCACAAACUGCGAGGCUGCCAGCGACUUCCAGGUUCUUGUGGGCUUGGUCCGACUUACUGGGCCUCUGCUGGGUCAGGCCUUCCAGUGCUUCUUUUCCAUUAACUGCACGGUCUCUGAGUUGCAGGGAUCUGGACUUGCAGUUGGGGACGAGCUGUUGCCCAUGCAGGAAUGUGGCACUUCGAGUCUGUCUGCGACUUUCCCAAGUGCACAGCCAUUCUAUGCUUUUCAUGAGCAAGGUGCUGAUGGCGAAGACAGGAUCACCUUUAACCUUGGGCUGUUGCCGUUGCAGGGGGCUUCUCCUGAGACUGUCCAACUGUGUUGGUGCCCUUCUUCUGCAAAAUGCCAAAUGUCGGAAUAUCGUGCUGCAGCAGUGCACUUGCAGAUCUCUUGCCCUCCUGGUACCUACGAGCUAGUGGGGAGGUCGAGAACAUGCCAGGCGUGCCCUCCAGGCUCUUACUGUCCUGGAGGGCCGGACGGCAGAUUGGAGCAUUGCCCGCACGGGAGCACUUCACCUGUGGAGUCAACUUCGAAGCAGGACUGCAGCUGUCGCCGUGGCUUCGGCUGGGAUUCGCAGCUCGAAGUCUGUUUGCCUUGCCCUGCCGGAUCCUUCAAGCAGCUGGUGGGCAACCAGCACUGCGACGCCCAAUGUCCCCAAGACACCACCUCCUCGGCAGGAGCCAUCGGUGAGUUACAGUGUUUCUGUGCAAGCGGAAGGGUGGACACGGACCCAUCGCCAGCCUUUAGCUGCACAGAUCUCACAGCCAGCUUGGUUGAGAUGCCAAGGCCUGCUGAGGCCGCCAUUUUCUCUUUCACUGGAAACAUUCAUGUGGAGCCGGGGCGUCUUCCGGAGCUACAACCUCUGCUAGAGGAAUACGUGGAAUCAGAGACUGGGCGAGCAUCGCUCAGUGUUGUGGCUACAUCGGUGGACGUCAGGUACACUCUCUCCAGCUAUGAGGAGGAGGCCGUGCGUGAAGCACAUGCCAAGUUCCUGGCAGACCCUUUCGAGGCCUGGGCCAUCAAACUUCCAGGUGAGUUGGCGCUCAUCACUGCGAACAGCGCGGCUAUCACCAACGAAAGCAUCAGCUGCCCGGAGACAUGGAACUUUCCACCUGGGCCCAUCCGAAGUUUGGCCGAUUGCCGGUGCUCCUAUGGCAUGGAGCCUUCUGCUGACCUUUGCAGGAGAUGCCCUUUGGGCACCUACAAGGGGAUGGUUGGUACUUCAAGCUGCACAAGUUGCCCGGAAGCAGGCGGCGGCCUCAACCUCGUCCGAACUACCUUACGAGAGGGUGCAGUGUCCGCUGGAGAAUGCGUCUGCCCAGCCGGAUACAUGAGUCCGGAUUCCACCAAUUCUGAUUGCCAGCCCUGCGAACAGGGUUUUUUCUGCUUUGGUGGCCGCCAGGAACCUUGCCCACCAUUGACGAUCACCCGGGCCCAAGCCGCCAGCAGCGUCACGGACUGCAUCUGCGAACAGGGCUACUUCGCUUCGGUAUCAGGUGUUUGCGAGCCUUGUGCUCCGGGCAGGUUUAAGCCGGAGGCUGGCAACGCCGAGUCGGAUUGCCAGACAUGCGCCGCUGGAACGUGGAGCAACACAUCCGGAGCAACCUCACACACAGCCUGCAUCCAGUGCAUCCCAGGAUCCACCACGAAGAAUGACACAGCUACAGAGGAAGAUCUAUGCAUUCGUCCACUUCCUGGGCAGAUGCUGCAGUGCACUGCUGGCCGCACAUGUGAGGUUCGCAUCGCAGGGCACCAGCUACAUGAUGGCCACCGUAUGGCCCUGACCUCCAGUUCUGGCUGUAGCAGUGCCAACCAGCCUGUACCCAAUGUGGCAAACGAGGGUGUGUCGCAGCCCGCAUCUGAUCAAGGCCAACGGUAUGCCUGGCAGGGGGAUACGAAUGCCAUGGACUUUGCCCCUCCAGGAGGCCACUACAGUCUUUGCUGGUGCGCCGACCUACCUGGGCUCAGCUGCACAAGCUUGGAAAGCUUCCAGAUUGAAGCCGGGCGUCUUCAAGUCGUGGGGCCUUUCGUGAACCAUAGCUUCACUUGUGUGCGAGGCCAAGACUGCACCGGAUUACCUUUACAGGGUGUGGGAUUUCUCACUGGGGAAGUGUCGCUGAGGACUGCCUGCGGCAAGUCAGGCUCGCUUCUCUCGCUUUCCCCCGCCAAUGGGAAUGCCACCGGGAUCGUUGAACAGGAUGCAUCAAGCGUGGCCUUCGUUCUGAGCUUUGGUGUGUCAGAUGCGUUCAGGGACCAUGGGCUCACCCUCGAUGCAAGCAAUGAUGGAUAUCGCUUAUGCUGGUGUGCACGCGACAGGCCUGGCGACAGGCCUGAAAGGUCUUGUGCUUUCGAUGACUUCGCUGUGGAUGCUGGCAGGUUGCGGGUGGAGGGUCCACGGACAAACCAGGAGGUAUCCUGCUCCGUCGGGCAGCCGUGUGCUCCCAAUGGUCUCGAGUCUGUUGGUGCUGUGGCAGGUGAUCGACUUAUGGUUCUCGCUGCUUGUGGCACGGGCUCUGCUAUGCCCGGCUUUCCUGGCGGUGGAAUUGCGGAGUAUGUCGCAACUAGGCUGCAGAUCAAGGGUGCUUUUCAUGUCAGAAUCCGGUGCUUGUGGGUGCUGACUUUCAUUUUCUCACUCAGGGUGCCGAUGGCUUCCGGUUUCUUGGCAGCUCGGAGGUCCUGCAGUCGUCGGCUGGGAUCUUUCGGCUUUGCUUUUGCCGGCCGCUUUCUACGAGCUGUGAUAAGCCAGCAGACUUCAAGGCCGCCGUAG